UUGAGUCCCCCCCCCCAUGCCAGAGCAAGCUUAAUCAGGGAGGUCAUUCGCCGAACAGUGCCCCGAUGGAAAAGGGCUGGAUCCUUAUCUGAGCGGAGGGGGCAACGGAGCCAACCAAAAUCCUGUCGCCUGCCCAUCUGUCAAGGUGUCUUUCUCACUCCUCCUCCAGCCGGAGCUGCCCUGGGCUCCUUCCAGCACCUGACACCCCGCCUUCUCAGGCUCCGUUGCCAGGUCCUCCCCCUUUCCUGGCCCCCCACAGGUGCCGCCCUCCUCCUUGCUGGGGAGAGUCCAAAGGUGCGGCUGGCAGGAUGCAAACGGGGCCCGGUACCUUCUGGGCCUGCCUGGCUUGAAAGGGGGUUGUGACGCGCGCGCGCGCGCGCAACUCUGCAUCUUAACUGAGAGUUAAAAAAAAAAUCCAGGAUCUCAGGGUGAGGGUGGGGGACAGAAAUGUGCCUCCUCCUUGGCUGCGGCUUGUCCCUCUGGAAGAACAUCACUGCUGAGAAACUUUCCUGGGCACAAUCGAGUGGACAAGCCUGUUGGCUCUAACUCGCAGUGUUGAUCUGGAAAGUGAGAGCAAACGUGGGGAGGUGUCUUGAGGAUUCCCACCACCAUGGUGCCCUGGAUAAUCUCCUUUCUCUUGGGGCUGCUGUUCCAUCGUUGCCUGGGCCAGAGCAGCCUCACUGGGGCUCCCCGUGUCUACCUAACCUACAAAGAACUGCUGGAUACCCGCACUGCCCGCCCCUUCAGCUUCACCUUCAACACAAGUGAUUAUCGGAUCCUACUGAUGGACCAAGACCAGGAACGGCUCUACUUGGGGGCACGAGACUUCCUGGUGGCUUUGGAUCUCCACAACAUCAACAAGGAGCCACUCAUCAUCCAUUGGCCAGCGCUUCCAAGCCACCAGAAUGAGUGUCGCUUGGCAGGGAAAGGACAGAGGGGUGAAUGUUUCAACUACAUACGGCUUAUGCAACCAUUGAACCGGACUCACCUCUAUGCGUGUGGGACCGGGGCUUAUCACCCAGUCUGUGCCCUCAUCAACCGUGGCUGGCGCUCCGAAGAGUACCUCUUCCGCAUGGUGCCUCGUUCAUUGGAGCCUGGAAAAGGGAAGUGCCCAUAUGACCCGCGGCAGCACAGCAUGGCUGUGCUUGUCAAUAGCACACUAUAUGCUGGAGUGCAUGUGGAUUUCAUGGGCACCGAUGCUGCUGUAUUCCGUACCAUGGGACCUCGCCCGGCUGUACGCACUGAGCAACAUGAUUCCCGCUGGCUCUAUGACCCUGUUUUCCUCCACGCCCGUGUCAUUCCCGACAGCUCUGACCAUAACGAUGACAAGCUCUACUUCUUUUUCCGUGAGAAAGCCCUUGAGGGUGCCGUGGGACCUGCCGUGCUUGCUCGGGUGGGACGGGUUUGCCUGAAUGAUGACGGGGGACAGCGCUCCUUGGUGAACAAGUGGACAACGUUCCUUAAAGCUCGCCUCGUCUGCUCAGUGAUUGGCGAGGAUGGUGUAGAGACUUUCUUUGACGAGCUGCGCGAUGUUUUCCUGCUGCUGACACAGGAUGAGAAGCACCCACUACUGUAUGGGGUGUUCUCCACGUUGGGGUCAGUGUUCCGCGGGUCUGCAGUCUGCGUUUACUCCAUGGCUGACAUUCGCACGGUCUUCAAUGGGCCCUUUGCCCACAAGGAGGGGCACAACUAUCAGUGGGGCCCUUACACGGGACGUGUGCCCUACCCUCGCCCUGGAGCUUGCCCAGGAGGGACCUUCACCCCAGGACUUCGCUCUACGCGUGAGUUUCCAGAUGAGCUGGUGACCUUUGUGCGCGCCCACCCUCUGAUGUACAAUGCUGUUUACCCGCUGCAGCGCCGCCCUCUGCUGGUGAGGACCAAUGUACCCUACAGCUUCACCACGUUGGCCGUUGACCUAGUGGAUGCAGUGGAUGGGCGCUACGAGGUUCUCUUUCUUGGGACGGACCAGGGCACCGUGCAGAAGGUGAUUGUGCUGCCGAAGGAGCAGGGGAUCUUGGAAGAACUGACCCUGGAGGAGGUUGAAGUGUUCAGGGCUCCAGCUCCAGUGAAGACACUGUGGAUAUCCUCCAAACGGCAACAGCUGUAUGUCUCCUCGGACGUGGGGGUUUCCCAGCUGAGCCUGCAUCGAUGCCGUGAGUAUGGUGAAGCUUGUGCCGACUGCUGCCUGGCCAGGGAUCCCUAUUGUGCUUGGGAUGGGCAACGUUGUGCCCGCUAUAGCCACACAGCUAAAAGGAGAAGCCGCCGCCAGGACAUCAAACAUGGUGACCCCCUGAGGCAGUGCCGGGGCUUUAAUGCCAAGGUAGAGCAGCAGUUACGUGAGCAGGUUCAAUAUGGACUAGAAGGCGGAAGCGUAUUUCUGGAGUGUGAACCACGAUCUCCCCAUGUAUCCAUCAAGUGGCUUAUGCAAGCUGGUAAUUCUGACAAACGCAAGGUGCUGCCCCGUGAUCGUGUACUGUUGCGUACACCUCAGGGUAUACUUUUAGGCCCAGUGACACCCGCUGAUGAUGGAGUCUACCAGUGCAUAGGCACAGAGAAUCGGUUCCGCCACACACUGCGUCGUCUUCGUUUGCACAUACUUCCACGUGCCUUGCUUGAUGGGGCCAUUGCCCAGGAGGAGGCACCUGCCCUUGGCAUUUGCGAGAGCUACUGGCGACAGCUCAACAGAGCUCAGAAUACGCGCCGUAGUCGGAGUGGCCGUCAUUCCCACACUGGACCUAGCCUGUGGGACUCCGAACAGCAAAUGAAUUGGUACAGAGCCACCCAGCACUCCCUGAACUGGACCAGAAAUAGUACUCAAUACUCCCAAAGCAUUGGCAGUGGCCAUCACCGCCAUCGGUCCAAGCCAUGGACAGGCCACCAUUCUCCUCCCCGAAGCUGAGCUGAAUGGGAGGAAAAAGACUGGGGAGAGGCUUUACCCCACAUUCUCUUAUGUGGGAGAAUGACAUUCCAAGGGACUCUUUGUAAGAGCUGAGUUGAUACAGAGAUGGGGAAAACCUCUCUUCUCCCCAAAGUGAGGGGACAACACUGAUGGUAACAGCGUGUGUUGUGUUGUGUGUCCAGGCUAAUUCCAAGGUUUUGCAGGACCAAGGCUCACUGGCGUGUUCCACAGAUGUAAAUAUGACCAGUGCAGAUUCCAGGGGCUUUGGUUUUGGCAUCUAUUUUGUACAUUGCUCAUCUCCCUGCCUCACCCCACCCCCUGCUAACACAGCUGAACUGUUUCUCCUACCAUGGUUCUUUCAACAUUAAUCUCAUUGUUUUAUUAAUGCUUUGUUGCAGGAGCAGAUUGCAGAGAAUAAAAAUGCCAGUUUAUUUUCUAAACAAAAUGCAGAGGCCGAUUUCUGAGAGUAACAACAUU